GCGAUACAGACAAUGUAUUCUCAGUGGAUGCAGACACCGGGAAUCUAACUAUGAACAAAGUAGUAACUUCCACAGAGCCGUAUCUCUUGCAAGUCAUGGCCUCUCAGGUGAACAACAUACAGAAAUACGCCGUAGUUACUGUAGAGAUUAAGGCCAUCAAUAAAAGUGAUUAUCCGCCAUACUUUGAGAACCCGAUCUACAAUGGGACAGUGUUUGUUGGUCUGGCCCCGAGAAGCUUUGUCUUCCAAGCUGGUGAUCCUUCAAGCCCCCUGAUGAUAACAGCAGUGGAUGAUGAUUUCCCUAAUAAAGUCAACCCAAAUAUUGAGUACUACAUAAAAAACAGCACCGAUUUCAUCGCAACCAAAGAUGGACUCAUCCUGACAAGUGUGAUGCUGCAGUCACUGGGAACUGUAACCAUCGAGGCUGUUGGAAAAGAUACGGUGAGCCUGCAGGACGCGAGCACUGUAAUCGUGGUGGAGGUCGUCCUUGCUACAGCUGCAGCCUCCUCUGAUAAGACACACACUGCUCAGGAUAUGGCUAUCUUAGGUGGUACGUUAGCAGCACUGCUAUUAAUUUCCUUAGUCUUCCUUGGAGUGAUGAUAUACAAACAGUAUGGAAAACCAAUCAAAUUCCUGAUAAGGAAAAAGUUCUCCAGGGAAGUCUCUGGGGGUUACCAGAACCAAUCUUAUGAACAAGAUGAACACCCAGAUGUGAGCACCAAACAGCAUGAGACGCCAGAAAACAGCAGUGUCCAUUCGAUGACACAUGUGCUAGAACAGCCAGCGCUUUCCUUGCCGUCUUCCAAUACAGAAGAAAUUGAUAGCUUCUCAAACGCUUUUAUAGCUUCCACCAUCAUCUUUGACCGGGAAGAGAAAGAGAAAGCAGUGGAAGAAGAGCCUGAGCGUGAGAAAGAAGUGAAGUCUAUCCUCAAGACAGACAGGCACAUGGCAGAUGAUGGAUACAAAGCAGUGUGGUUUAAGACUGAUGUGGACCCAGAUGCUGGAGAGAGGGUUGAAGUGAUUGAGGAAAAUGCAGCAGAUGGUGAUGAUGAGAGUGACCAAGAUCUGCAGAAGAAUGAGAAGGAGAAAGAAGAUGGUUAUGACAAAGAUGAUCACCACAGAGGGCUGGGAGUGUCUUUUGCCUCUGAGAGCUCAUCACUCCCAGUUGCAGCAGUGACAGUCAACAUGUCUCACACAGAUGUGACAGAAGACGACACUGACAUAUAA